GCCGCCCGGGGCGCACGGAGCCCGCGGCCGGAGAGUACCUGGGGACGCCCCGAGCCCGGGGAGCGGGGAGCGGGGAGCAGCCGCCCGGAGCGCGGCCGGGAUGAGAAGGUGACACCGCCGGGGGGCGCCACUCGCUUUGUGCGCGAAGAUGCUCGCCUACUGCGUGCAGGAUGCCACGGUGGUGGACGUGGAGAAGCGCAGAAACCCCUCCAAACACUACGUAUACAUCAUCAACGUGACCUGGUCCGACUCCACAUCCCAGACCAUCUACAGGAGGUACAGCAAGUUCUUUGACCUGCAGAUGCAGCUUCUGGAUAAGUUUCCCAUCGAAGGUGGCCAGAAGGACCCCAAGCAGAGGAUCAUCCCCUUCCUCCCAGGAAAGAUCCUGUUCCGGAGAAGCCACAUCCGGGACGUUGCUGUGAAGAGGCUGAGGCCCAUCGACGAGUACUGCCGGGCGCUAGUCCGGCUGCCUCCUCACAUUUCCCAGUGCGACGAAGUCUUUCGGUUUUUUGAGGCCCGGCCAGAGGAUGUCAACCCCCCGAAAGAGGACUAUGGCAGCUCCAGGAGGAAAUCAGUGUGGCUGUCCAGCUGGGCUGAGUCUCCCAAGAAGGACCUCACAGGUGCCGACGCCAACGCCGAGCCCAUGAUCCUGGAGCAGUACGUGGUGGUGUCCAACUACCGGAAGCAGGAGAACUCGGAGCUGAGCCUCCAGGCCGGGGAGGUGGUGGAGGUCAUCGAGAAGAACGAGAGCGGCUGGUGGUUCGUGAGCACCUCUGAGGAGCAGGGCUGGGUCCCCGCCACGUACCUGGAGGCCCAGAAUGGCACCAGGGAUGACUCAGACAUCGACGCCUCCAAGACGGGGGAAGUGUCCAAGAGACGCAAAGCCCAUCUGCGGCGCCUGGAUCGCCGGUGGACCCUGGGCGGGAUGGUCAACAGGCAGCACAGCCGAGAAGAGAAGUAUGUCGCGGUGCAGCCGUACACCAGCCAGAGCAAGGACGAGAUCGGCUUUGAGAAGGGGGUCACAGUGGAGGUGAUCCGGAAGAACCUGGAAGGCUGGUGGUACAUCAGAUACCUGGGCCGAGAGGGCUGGGCGCCUGCCUCCUACCUGAAGAAAGCCAAGGACGAGCUGCCUGCCCGGAAGAAGAACCUGGCAGGCCCCGUGGAGAUCAUCGGGAACAUCAUGGAGAUCAGCAACCUGCUCAACAAGAAGGCAUCGGGGGACAAGGACGCUGCGCCGGGUGACAGCGAGGGCCCCGAGGCGCCCAUCACCAAGAAGGAGAUCAGCCUGCCCAUCCUCUGCACCGCCUCUAAUGGUAGCGCCCUGGGCGGACCCGACAGGACCACCGCUAAGCUGGGCCACGGCUCCCCAGCAGUGGCCCGGAUUGCACCGCAGAGGGCCCAGAUCAGCUCCCCUAACCUUCGGACACGGCCUCCCCCACGCAGAGAGUCCAGCCUGGGCUUCCAGCUCCCCAAGCCGCCGGAGCCCCCGUCUGUGGAGGUGGAGUACUACACCAUCGCCGAGUUCCAGUCCUGCAUCUCCGACGGAAUCAGCUUUCGGGGCGGACAGAAGGCCGAGGUCAUCGACAAGAACUCGGGCGGCUGGUGGUACGUGCAGAUCGGCGAGAAGGAAGGCUGGGCCCCCGCGUCUUACAUCGACAAGCGCAAGAAACCCAACCUGGGCCGGCGCACCAGCACCCUGACCCGGCCCAAGGUGCCCCCGCCCGCACCCCCCAGCAAGCCCAAGGAGGCCGAGGAGGGCCAGGACUCGCCGCUGAAGGCCAGGUACGAGGAGCCCGAGUACGACAUUCCCGCCCUGGGCUGCGACUCGGAGCCCGAGCCGAGCGAGGAGAUGGCCGAGGACGGCGGCCCUGGGGACAAGCAGCCCGGCUCGGCCCACCGGCCCUCGCCCGCCUCCUCCCUGCAGCGUGCCCACUUCAAGGUGGGCGGCUCGGCAGAGGAUGUGGCCCCCGAGGAGGAGACCAUCUAUGAGAAUGAGGGCUUCCGGCCCCCUGCCGAGGACCCCCCAUCGGCCCGGCGGUCCUCUCGAGACAGCAGCUCCCCAGGGGGCUCCCCACUCUCCCUCACCAGGAAGGACUCCCCCAAACCGGGCUCCCCCAAAUCGGCGUCGCUCCUUAAGCUCAAGGCGGAGAAGAACGCCCAGGGAGGGUUGGGGCAGAGCCAGCCACCGGCCUUCUCCUCUUCCAUCACCAUCAACACCACGGGCUCCUCCUUAUCCUCAUCCUCCUCCUCCUCCUCGUCCUCCUCUUCCUCCUCCUCCUCCUCCCUGUCCAAGAACGGCAGUGGCGAACUGAAGCCCCGCUCUGCCUCGGACGCGGGCAUCCGCGGCACCCCCAAGGUUGGGGCCAAGAAGGACGCCGAGCCCAAGGCCGGGCUGACCCCCUCCAGCACCCGGGCCAAGCCGUCGGUCCGGCCCAAGCCCUUCCUGAACCGAGCGGAGUCGCAGAGUCCCGAGAAGAUGGACAUCAGCACUUUACGGCGCCAGCUGCGGCCCACGGGCCAGCUGCGGGGCGGGCUCAAGAGCUCCCGGAGCGAGGACUCGGGGCUGCCCCCCGCCAGCGCCUCGGAGGGGCCUGGCGAAGGGUCCCGGAGGGGCUCGGCAGACACCCUCCCGCUCCCCGCCGUCCCGGCCCCGAGCCCUGCCAAGAAGGGACAGGAGGGCCAGGCCUACACCACAUGCAGCGCCUACCAGAAGGUGCAGGACUCGGAGAUCAGCUUCCCCGCGGGCGUGGAGGUGCAGGUGCUGGAGAAGCAGGAGAGCGGCUGGUGGUACGUGCGCUGCGGGGAGCUGGAGGGCUGGGCCCCCUCCCACUACCUGGUGCUGGAGGAUGCGACGCCCGCCACGGAGCCGGGCGGGAGAGAGCCGGAGGCGGCGGCGGUGGUGGCCGGCAAGGGCAGGCAGCCCGAGGGCAAGUCGGACAGCCUGGAGAAGAUCGAGAAGCGGGUGCAGGCGCUGAACACGGUCAACCAGAGCAAGCGGGCCACCCCGCCCAUCCCCUGCAAGCCCCCGGGGGGCUUCGGCAAGACACCCGGCGGCGGCGGCGGCGGCGGAGCCAGUGCGGUCAAGAUGAGGAACGGCGUGCGGCAGGUGGCCGUGCGGCCGCAGUCCGUGUUCGUGUCCCCACCCCCCAAGGACAACAACCUGUCGUGCGCCCUGCGCAGGAACGAGUCGCUCACGGCCACCGACGCGCUGCGGGGCGUCCGCCGGAACUCCUCGUUCAGCGCCGCGCGCUCGGCAGGGGCAGCGGCGGCCAGCGGCGAGGCCAGCGCGCGGGCCGCCAGCCCCGCGUCCGACUCGCCGCCGCUGCUGCCCGCGCAGCGCAACGGCAUCCCCGUGUCCCCCGUGCGGCCCAAGCCCAUCGAGAAGUCCCAGUUCAUCCACAACAACCUCAAGGACGUGUACGUGUCCAUCGCCGACUACGAGGGCGACGACGAGACGGCCGGCUUCCAGGAGGGCGUGUCCAUGGAGGUGCUGGAGCGUAACCCCAACGGCUGGUGGUACUGCCAGAUCCUGGACGGCGCCAAGCCCUUCAAGGGCUGGGUGCCCUCCAACUACCUGGAGAAAAAGAACUGACCCCCUGGGGCGAGGGGGGCUCCC